UAUUAUUUUAUUCUACACCGUCGGUUGAGCAGCACGCACCGUUUGGAAUUCAAAAUUUCCGUAUAAAAACACAAAGUAUACAAAUUUAGUUUAAGAUUUGGCACAUUAAAAUUUUUUGCUAAUGGAUAUUUCCAAGGCCGAGAGUCAAACGCCCGCCGGAGAUCGUCGAUCUGCGAGUCCUGAUUAUCUGAGAACUCUGCUGCAGGACAUCCUGUGUUUCCUGGUCCUGCUCUCGGUGGCCUUGCUAAUUGUGGCUGGCAUUUUGUUUGUGGUGGAGGACGUAAGCCGGCUCCAGCAGCAGCACCAACACCAGCCGUACCACCACCACCAUCAUCGCCACAUGCGUCCGGAUCAGAUAGCCAAUGAACUAAAAGGAUCGCCGAUCGAGGAGGCACCGAGGGAGCAAGGUCAAGUCUUCCGACCGCACACAUGGAUUCGAUUCUUUAACUGCAGGAACAAGGUGCCACAGCAACAGCAGGAAAAAGUUGAAAGGGAGGCGGUUCAGUUUGGCCCACCAACGCAAGACGAUCAGGCGCAGCAGAUCCCAUUAGAUGCCGUUCAAACUUAUCGCCCUGCCAUAGAACCUAUAUCGCUGCGCUCUGGCGGAGAUUACAUAGAUGAAACGAUCAACAAAAACCCGAAUCCGGAACUUCGCCAUUUUCUGCCCAAUAAUAUUAUGAUCUAAAAGAAUAUGUCUAAAAUGCUGUUUGAAUGUCCAAAUUGACCGCUUGGCAGCUUCCAACUAUCGGGUCUCUCCUGGUAGAUUUGUCAUUUGAUGUUUAGCAUAGCAUUUGCACCUUUUGAACAGUGGGCCAUCAAGAGACUAGAACAUUCCCCAACCUAAUGUUUUCGCAGAUAGCAAACAUGCUGAAUUGUGCAAUUAAUAAAAGAAUAGCUAUGCUAAUUUGUUUGUUGCUCAUAGAGGGUAAUAUUCUCUCAUACGAAGAGAAUUAUUUCCCAUUUAACUGAAAUGUUUAAUAGAUCCCAACCAAUUAAAGUAAUCCCAUUUAAAGAGUUCAAAUUGUUAUACAAUCUAUUUCAAUAGAUACUUCCUUAUAUAAAAACCUAUGGUAAUGAUGGCACUUCAAGCUUGUUAAUGGUUUCAAGUAUGCCAGAGUCGCGGAACCUUUUAAUUAUUUGCAAGAACUUUAACUGAUCCACGACUCUUCAAUGGCACACCGAAUUCUGGACCCGAGUCAUAACGAGCCACCGACAACUAUCUGGGAUCUCACAAGUUGUAGAUCGGCGUAGAAGUGUUGGCUCGAUAGGCAUCUCGGAGAUGCAAAGUCAAAACAAAGCCCAAACCAAACAAACGCAAAACAGAGCCGCAGACAGAAGCUGCGCAUGCCCAUGAUGGGUUAAUUGAGGUAUUGAAAGCCGCGCAGACGCGACGGCAGACCAAACCAAAUGAAAUGAAGUGUCUAAUGCUUGCAUUAUCGCGUUCCAAGCGAACAAUUGCAGUGACUUCUCGAAGGGCAAGUCCGUGGACGGGGUGUGGAUUGGGCUGGAAUCCAUGCCCGGGGUCGUUGGAGAUCGGUUCUAGCCAACAUGGCUGAUAAGUGCAGCUGUAUAAUUGCCGGGAAGAUAAGUUUCGAACAUUUGCAUAGAACAGCAGCUGGUUAGGAAAACAAUUGCACUAACAGCGGUAUAAAAAAAUAUAUUUUCGGGCAUUUGUUUUGCCAUUGGCAUGUGGGCGUGGGGUCUUUUAUCUUUUAUAAUAAAAUU